AUGGCGCGUAGCGCUACCGACGACGACACCAACACCCACCCCGACGCCUUUGCCAACUAUGUCGUCUUCGUCGACUUGUACGUCCCGUGGAAGCAAGUUUGCGGUCUCACCGUCUCGCUAGCUGUCGGUGUGAUUGUCGGCAGUGUCCUUGGCGGCCUUGUUGGACUCGGUCUUCUGUUCUGGUGCCUCUUUUGGCGCAAGCGCCGAUCGGUUAAGUCCAAAACCAACUCCAACGUGGCGUCAACCCACGACGCGUCGUACCAGCCCGUGGACGACGCCGACGACGUCGACUUAUCGACGCUGCGGAUGGUGCGCCUCGAACUCCGCGAGCUGAGUGUCUCGAGCGCCCGUCCGUUGGCAGCGGGUGCAUACGGUGAAGUCUGGGCCGGUGUCUACGGCGGUGAGGCCGUCGCGAUCAAGCGGCUCAAGGACAAGUCCGCGCCGAGCACGCAGCACUUUAUCGACGAGAUCCUCCUCCUCGCCAAAAUCGACUCGCCCUAUAUCGUCAAGCUCGUCGGCGCGAGCUGGCGCCGGCUCUCGGAUCUCGAGUGCGUCGUCGAGUACAUGGACCUCGGCGAUCUUCGGAGCUACUUGACCAAGACGCCCGCCGAGAUCUACCCGUGGCACGAAAAGCUCGAGUGUCUUCUGAGCCUUGCGCUCGGUCUUGUGUAUCUGCACACGUUUGAGCCGCGCAUCAUCCAUCGCGACCUCAAGUCCCGCAAUGUCCUCCUCGACUCGAAAAAGGGCACCAAGCUCACGGACUUUGGCGCGUCACGCGAGAUCACCGACAGCACGCUCACCCAUGGCAUCGGGACGUACCAGUGGAUGGCGCCUGAGAUCAUCAACGGCGACGCGUACUCGGAAUCGAUCGACCUCUACGCCUUUGGUGUCAUUAUGACGGAAAUGUCGACCCACCGCGUGCCUUACGCCAGCUUGAUCAACCCGAAUACAGGCCACGCCUACUCGCAGCAGUACAUUUUGACCAACGUCGCGUCCGGCAAGCUCACACCGACGUUGGACGAGGCGAGUCCCGAGUGGGUACACACGAUCGCAUCGCGCUGUCUCUCGACGAACCCCAUCGAUCGCCCGACCGCCAUGCAGCUCGUGCAGCUGCUGCGACAAUGCUUGCCUCUUGUUUAGCGUUAAAACGCAAGGAAAUGUUAUG